AUGCUAACAUUCCAACAAAUGGGUGGUGGAGGAGGAGGAGGUGGUGGUGGAGGAGGAGGUGGAAGCGGCGGUUCUGGUUAUUAUGAUUCGAGCAGUGGAGAAGAUUGCUCAGAUAGUUGUGUGAUUUCAAUCGCCACUAUAUUCUCAUCAAUCAUUGUAUUCUUUAUAUCUUUUCGAUGUUACAAAUCUGGUUAUUUACGGUUUGAUUGUUUUAAGAUUAGAAAGGCAAAAUAAAGUUUGCUUCAAAAUUUCAUCUAAACAGAUAAUAUAUCAACUAGAGAUGAACUGUUAUAUGGAUUAGAAAUCCUUUAAAAUUGCAAUUGGAAUAUGAUGUAUUACCAAAAGGCAUGGAAUAAUAUAAGAUUAGUUCAAAAGGAAUUUAAAAUAAACUAUAAUUAAGAACUUAAUAAAUAUUACAUUGAUCUGAAAUUAAGAGCACAUGAUUCAAUCGGAGAUUCAACUUACACUGGCCAUAUUAAAUAAAGUAAUAAUCAUUGGAGGAUAUUGAUGAUUAAGACCUACGAUGAUAGGAUUAAAUCGCAAUAAUUUGGAGACUAUGCAAUAUUGAUUUAUGAAGCGGUAACUAAUUAACUACCUAAUGGUUUUAACGGAAGAUGGUACUUCUAUGAUGAUUCUAAAUCAAAUGGAGAGUGGAAAUGGUAAGGUUAGGAAGAAACACAAUUAUGA